UUUUGUGCCUCUGAAUAAUUUUAUUGUGUCAAUUAUUUUGCACACAUUUGUUUGCUCCUUGUGGUCUCAGUGCUGUUAUCAAUUUAUUAUUCCGACAUUAUUUUGAUUCGUGACUGUUUUCACUCGACAUUUUAAACAGCACUCUAUCAAUCUAUAAUUGUUAUUAUUAUUGUAAAGCGCAGAGAACGCAAAUCUUUAUAUGACGAACAAAAGACCGAACGAACAAAAAUUAAAAAUAAACCGAAUUGAUAAAAAUUCAAUUACCAGCUAGCAGGCGAGAACGAGAGAUAAUUUCAAGCCGAAGUAUUGGUCGAUUGUUUUUUCCCCAUCAUAACACUGAUUUCAUCCGUUGCUGUGCAUUUUUUCCUAUCUGGUGUGCAGUGAAUUUUCAUAUUUAUAUACGUGUUUCACUUCGGCUGGCAUUAGUUACUGAUCUUACGUCUGUUAGUGAAAGUCGAUAACGAACAAUUUAACGAAGAGUAAGUCACACUCGAAAAUUCGAAUAAUAUUUUUUUAAGUGAACACAUUUGAUAUAGUUGAGUAUUCAUUCAACGUAAGAAAAACUUUGACAAAAGACACGUUUUUUUUCGAAAAGAAGAGCAGAGAAUUUUUUCGUAUAUUUCUGAAAUAUUUCAAAUUGAUCUGCAAGAAAACAUGAAUUCAAUUGACAUUUACAACGCAAUGAUGACCCAACACAAGAGUCGUGAUUUGAACAGCAAUUUCUACCAUCCAAAAAGGGGUUCAUCUGAAGAAGAAUCAGCCGCAAUUCGUAUGCGUUUCCCAACUAAGAUUCCGAUUAUCGUUGAACGUUAUUCGAAGGAAACCGAUUUGCCGCAUUUGGAGAAGCGUAAAUUUUUGGUGCCACAAGAAUUCACAAUGUCACAAUUCAUUUCGAUCAUACGUAGUCGCAUGAAGGUCGGCCCAAGCAAGGCUCUAUUUUUCUUGGUUAAUAAUAGAUCUUUGGUAUCGCUAAGUAAAACAUUGGCCGAAAUUUAUGCUGAAAAUCGCAGUGAUGAUGGUUUUCUCUACAUCCAUUAUGCUUCGCAAGAAGUGUUCGGUUAAUGAACCUGUGAACAAACAAAUUUCCAACUUUUACACCAUACAAUUUUUUGUCUUAAUUUUCGAAUGAAACCAUUUAUUAAUUGCAUUUUGUUGCUGAGCAUUUUGUGUUGCACAUACAAGAUACAUAUAAAAAAAAUCGACAAUCAGCAAAGAAAAUGUCCAUAUUAGAAUGGGCCGAAAAUAAUUACAAUGUGCAAACAAACAAAAAACAGGACAAAAAUCGCCUAUUUCAGACUAUUUUGAGAAUCAACAGCGCGAAAUGUACGCUUUAUUACCAAAUCACUUGAUAGACCAUUUUUGACAUCUAUAAUAAUAACAACAAUUAUUGCACGAUCAGCGCACAAGGCGGUCAUGUGACUUUGGUCUUUUUAGCUAAGCUGCCGAUUAAAAAUAACAUCUGACUGGGAGCACUUACUAAAAUGCCAUGCUCUUACCCGACAUCAUCGAAAUAUAUGAAAAUUACAAACAAUUAAGAUUAACACGACAUAGAAAAAAAGAAGAAAAAUAGAUACGAAAUAUAAAUAGUCAACGCAUUAGAUUGUUUUCUUGAACCGUAAAAAACCUAAAGAUAGUAGAAUACUCUUUAAUGAGGAGAAAGCAGAGCAAAAUGAUAAUCGAAUAAUGUUUCAUGAUGAAUUUUUUUUGUAUAUUUCCUAUAGAAACUAGAAGAACUCAUGAAAAUUCUUAAAAUAAGCUGAAAAUAAAAUGUUGAUCAUUUGUCUUUGACGAAUUAAGGAAAUAUAGUUAAGAUGAAAAUUAAGUGAAUGUUUGUUUGUGUCAUAUGAUUGAGAUAAAAUUAAACAUUGAUAAUGAA